AUGAGGAUGGACAUCUUCCGGUGGCUUCCGGGGGCCUGCGGGAGUCUCGGGCCGGCACUCAUUCCACCGGCUCACAUUGCCGUCCUCUGGUACUUCUGGCAGAACUAUUCCCGCUUCGUGGACAAGCGCUUCUGCUCGUGUUCGUGCUGGGACACGGUUUUUAAGGGAACGUACGAAUCCGGGAUCGCCUCGUACAAGCACAUGUACUUCAAUGCGACACAGAACACGAUGAAGAUGUGGCUGCUGAUCGUGGUCGGUGUGAUCGCGCUGUACGAGUGCACGAAACACCUGGUGCAGCUGCUGCUGCAGAGCAAGGUGCGCUACACGAUGAUCGUACUGUUCCUGCUGUCCAUCUUCUCGCACUACUACGCCUGGUGGGCCUAUCUGAACUACUACAACGACGAGUACUACCACCAGUGGAAUCAUCAGCUAUUUUUCACCAUCACUGAGCUCAUAUCAACCAGCUUCGUGCUGCAUCUGGGCAACGUGGAGAACCAGGUGACGGCCCGGAAGACGCUCAGCAUCGUGGGCAUCGCGCUGCUCCACAUUCUCGCCAGUGGUGUCGAUCAGUUCAUAUCAAACGUCUUCCGAGGCGAAGGUUACCCGCAUCAGGUCGUGCGUGAUCUGGGGUUCAUGAUACCGGACGUGAUGCAUCUGAUCCUUCCACUGUGGCUGCUGCGCCAGACCCGCCUCGAGAGCUUCAGCACGCGCCCGUUCUACCGGGAUCGCAACCUCCGGCGGGACGUGGUGCUGAUGUUCUUCGUCGUCACAGUAUUAUUCACCAUCUGUUCGUUCCUCUAGGAGGAGGGGCACGCUGGUGGCGCCGGUGGUGGCGCCGGAGGCGGUUAAACU